UUUCCCCGCAUAACACGCAAGAAAAACCGCUCGCCAUGAAGUGCUUCAUUGUCCUCUUCGCCAUCGUGGCGGCUGUCAGCGCUGGAUACCACCAUGCUCCCCAGGUGAUCCACGUCGCCGGCAACCCCCCGAUCCCGGACCUGAAGGCCGCCCCGUACGUUCCCCAUGGUAAUGACCACACCACCAGGAUCCACUACUCCGGCGGUAACGCAGGAGGGUACGGAGGGUCGGGAGGGCAUCCGCACUUGGUGGCUGUCGAGCAGUACCACGAUGCCCCGCACUACGAGCCGAGCGUCACGAACAUUGCUCUUCACGGAGGAUACGGAGGACACGGAGGACACGGAUACGGCCACUAAGAAGAAGUCCUUAGACGGCCAGCAGACCCCCGCUGGUCCGGGGUGGUCCACGCCGAGCGCGUCAUCCUGAGGCUGAUAUGAAGGCAGCAUGCUAAUAAUCACUCACUCACACGCACGAGACCACGCAGACGCGAGAUCACGGACAGGCGGGUCGCGCGGGACGGCCGCCGGCCGGUGAGACCGAUCGGCCGGUCGCUCGUGGCGAAUCGUCGAUCUUCCGUCGCGUGCGCGACUCCCGGCCAGGAUCCCGAGAUGGCCGGGAGGACACGCCGUCGGGCCGCGGCCCGACGGCGGCUCGACCAGUGGGAUUCGACUGCCUCAGGAUAGCCGCACGUCUUGGGCCACUCGAGGACCGCAGAGACCAGGCAGCCAGACUCCAAGCAAAGCCCCCUUGUAUCUCUUCUUCUUCUACCAACUGUUUCCGACUAUAUUCUUCUAUGACUCUUCUCUUCGCCACCUUGACGCUACAUAUGACACGCAUCCACACAUCACCACCAAGCAACACCGAGUACGCGCGUAGACGCAAGGAUCCGACCAGAGAUCCGCCAGGCCAUCCAUCUGCCAACAACCAGCAACAACAACCCCCUCCCCCCUGACGACAACCACCAUUCGCCCAUUUUCUCGAUCUCGAAAUUCAUUGUGCGGCAUAACAUCGAAGAAGACACCAUGACAUCAGAGCGGACGCCCUUCUCCUCCCCCCUACCCCCCCUCUUUCACCAUUCGUCUCUCCCGGCAACAACACUUUUAUUUAUUUUGUAAUAAAAGUUGAUUUUUACGUCUUGUGAUAAAAAUAA